AUGGCUGCCCAAAAACCACAAGCAGGUAUAAACCCAUCGAAAGAUCAUAUCAUAUCAACCGUCGAUCCACCAACAGGUUUAGCUGGGAUUCCCACUACGUCUGAUGUGUAUGAGAAUACAAGGCAUCUGAAGUAUGGCCAGUCUAAUGAAGAGAAAAAGGAGAAACAAGAGCAAAAUUUACUAGAUUCGCGUCCGAUAAGACGUUACUCAGCAUCAGGAGACUCGGCACCUGUACUUCAACACACUUUCUAUGAAGAAUUUAUGGCUGAUAAAACGGGUGAUGAUUUAAUUGAACAGGAAGAAUCAAGGGAACGAGAGAGGAAGAGCGUCGUUGAGGAUGAAAAAGGAGAGAAGAAGAAUAAGCACGUGUGUUGA